CAACCACGAUGCUGGAGAGCUAUCUCAAUUGAUUCUCCGAACACCCACUGAGAAAAAGCAGCGAUUUUUGCGAAGAAGAAGAAGAAUCAGGAAGAGGGUCACGGAGAAGAAAUGGGUGGUUGUGGGUCCAAGCCCAAGGUCUCCGAGGACCUAACAACGAAGAAGAAGAAUCAUCGCAGGAGAAGAAGAAGAAUCCUGCGCAGACGCGUUUCUUCUCGCAAGAUCGAAGCCAACAUCAGUCACUCUAAUCCUGCUUUAUCUUCUAAUCGUGCUUCAGAUGUUGCUUGGUUUGAUUCGACUUCAGCGUUGGACUCGGAAUGUGAUGACGAUUUUUAUAGCGUCUACGAUGGAGAAGUGUUUACUGGUCAUGCAGAUGAAAUUGGAGAGGACAGAAAACUGGCCCCAGAUCAUUGGGGGAUUCUGCCAAACACCUGCUUGCCUUGCCUUUCUUCUAGUGCCCUCGCUAUUGAGAAAAGAAGGCCAUCAAGUCCUGAUACCGCAAGUUCACGGAGGAAGUCGCUUUCUAAACUCUCCUUCAAAUGCAGGGAAGGGUCUUCUGAUAUGACAUUAAAUUCCCCAAAGGCAUUUAAACAAAAACCAUUAGCAGGUUCGUCGAUUCCAUAUUGUCCAAUAGAUAAGCAAACCCCUGGUUCUUGGUCACCAAUUGAGCCAAGUUCCUUCAGAGUCAGAGGAAAAAACUACUUAAGGGAUAAGAAGAAAGAAUUUUCUUCAAGCAGUGCUGCUUUCUAUCCUCUUGGUGCUGACCUCUUUGUGUCUCCUCGGAAAAUUGAUCAUAUUGCUCGUUUUCUUCAAAUUCCUGCAAUAAAUAUUCCUGGGGAUGUUCCUUCUAUUCUUGUUGUAAAUAUUCAGAUACCAUUGUAUCCUGCCACUAUUUUCCAAAGUGAAAAUGAUGGUCAAGGAAUGAAUGUGGUUUUGUACUUCAAAUUAUCUGAAAAAUAUUCUAAAGACCUUCCAGACCAAUUCCGAGAAAAUAUCAGUAAAUUGAUUAACGAUGAAGUGGAGAGGGUUAAAGGCUUCCCUCUAGAUUCAAUUGCACCCUUUAGGGAGAGAUUAAAAAUUUUAGGUAGAGUGGCAAAUGUGGAGAAUCUUUCUUUAGGCGCUGCUGAAAAGAAGCUUAUGAAUGCUUACAAUGAAAAACCUGUUCUCACACGUCCUCAACAUGAGUUUUACUUGGGAGAAAACUAUCUUGAGAUAGAUUUGGACGUACACAGAUUUAGCUAUAUUGCUAGAAAAGGAUUCGAAGGCUUCAUCGAAAGGCUGAAGCUAUGUAACCUUGAUUUUGGUCUGACGAUUCAGGGAAACAAGGCAGAAGACUUGCCAGAACAUGUAUUAUGUGCAAUUCGGCUGAACAAAAUUGACUAUAGCAAUUUCAACCAGAUUGGCUUUUAAGUCAAAGCUUCAACAUAAAAAGAGUUUUAACCUUAAUAUAUUUCAUAAUGAUUACAACUGUGUUAUUCAUAUAUGUUGUUUUGAAAUGAGAUAUUAUCGCAAACCGCGAUGUAUGAAGUUCUUGACUCAUUGACAUAAAGGUUGUAGAAUGUAUAGUAAUGGGGAUUAAUCAAGAUUGGAAAUAAUCAAUGAGUAAUUUGUCUUUACCAAAGAUACAAGUAGGUGUGGAUUGAUUACAAGACCAGCUCACACACGAGAUUUUUGUGUUAAGGUUGACCC